CUUCAUUUGGAUGCCCAAGAUGUGAAAAUUCAGGACCGCUUUGACAGCGAUUCAGACAGUGGACAAGGCAGUUGUGAAAUGAGCUUCCAGUCGCAGACAAGCAAGCGAGUGGCAUCUGUUGAUGAAGGAGAUUCAGAUGAAGAGAUCUGCACGAGUAAGAGAAUUAAAUGCAGGAGAGUGCUUGCCGACAGCAAUAGUGAAGGAGAAGACGGUGCCCCUGAGAGACUGAAGGUUGCAGCUAGCAAUGUGGAAAGCACAAAGGAAAACUGUAAUUGGUUGGCUGUAAAGGGAAAUAAAGACCACCUCUCCUACAAGGCUGGGAUCAACAGUGAUGACAGCGAUGCUGAGAACCUGUUGCCUCAGCUUCAGUUGGGGAACCCUGAGAGGGAAGACAAGAGCUUCAACAGGUUCUGUAUGAAGGAAAUUAAAGAAAAGAACAGCUCAAGGAAAAGGAAGAGAAAGGAAGAGAAGAAAAGGAAGACCAUGAGACAAACAAGAGGGAAGGAAAAGACAGAAGAACAAAAGGAGAAUGGUGAAGAUUUUCCUUUCAAUGACAGUGGGUGUUUGCUGGCAGAUAAAGAGCUCUUUGACAAUGGUCUAGAGGACGAUGAUUCUCCUUUUCAAGUUGAAAAGUUGCAAGUGUCCUUAAAUACUGCAGAGAAAGUGAAAACAAAAAAACAGAAGCUAUUUUUAGAGAAUGAGGAUUACAAACUUGUGAUGGAUGAAAAUGAGAGACCACUUUUAAAAGAACCUAGAAAGAAGCAGAAAGCAGCCAAGUUAACUAAAGAAGAGAACAAGCAGCUACAUAGUGAGAGCCAGCGACUUGUUAGAGAAGCUGCAGUGCCUCUACCGUAUCAUCUGCCAGAAGCCAAAAGCGUGCAGGAAUUCUUCAAGCACAAACCUCGUCCUUCUUUCCAGGGAAGUGCAAUGGCUUUGCUGAAAUCAAUGAAAACUCAACCCACUCUGUACAAAGAAGAUGCUGUGGCAAGGAAUUCUGGUAUCAGCUGCCAUAACAGUGGGAAAGAACAGCUUCUCCAGUCAGAAAUAUUGGAUCUGCCAACUUCAGGUUUUGCAAAUCCUUUGGCUGUCAGUCUAGGCAGCUCUUCUGCGGAGGAAACGGAACAUUUGAUAGAACAUUGCUCUGAACAAGAUAAGCAGAAUGAUGAUUCCAAAACAGAAUUUAGGGAGGAGCUGAAUUCCAGGAAAGAAGGAGAACUUAAUGAAGUCCCUGCUGAAUCCAUCAAACCACUGGAGGAGAAACUGGAAGGAAAUAUAGUUGAAGAAAGAGAGGCUCAAUCACUGGAAUUGCAUGUGGUACCCCAAGAACCCAUUCAAUGCCUGGAGGCAGUGGUGGAAGUUCCUGGUGACAAAAUAAAGAAGUCCAAAUUAGAUUGGCUACGGGAGCUGGGGGUGGAUCUGAGUAUUAAGCCUAGACUAUGUUCUGGCAUGGAGUCAUUUAUUAACCUUGAUGAACCUGAACCCAACAGAGAGCUGGAAGCUUUGAAAGAACGCUUUGUAAAGCAUGCAUUUCACACAGCCAAACCAAAGACAGAACGAAUGGUGAAUGUGAAUAUUAUUCGUAAAGAGACAAUGAAUGACGGCAAGGAGGAGCUGAAAGCAGAUGUGGUACCAGUAAUGCUGGCUGCAGAGAUGGUAGAGGAUACAGCCCACACUAAACCAGGUGAAAAGUUGCAGAUGUUGAAGGCUAAGCUGCAGGUAGCCAUGAAGCUUCGCAGGACAGAAGAACGCCAGAAGCGCCAUGCAUUAUUCAAACUGGAUAAUGAGGAGAUGAUGGAGGAGGAGGAGGAGGAGGAGGAGGAGGAGGAGGAGAUGUCAGAUGAAUUGGAGGAGGAGGAGGAAGAGGAGGAAGAAGCCAAUCAGGAGGGCCUAGAUGAUCUCCUUGGAGAGAUUGAGGAGGAAAAUGAAGAGCUUGGGGAGCAAGAUCUUGAGGAUGAUAAAGAAUCAGCUGAUGAAGACCAAGCAGCUAACUCUGGGACCUGCAGUGUUGUUCCAAAGCCUUCCUCCACAGAGUCAACAUUGCUACUGUUUAAAGACAAUUCUUCAAAAACAGGAUGUUUUCUGGCAGGUGAAAAAGUUGAGAUGGAAGAAGCCAUGGGCAAGAGAGCAGACAAGCCAGAUGACGAAGAUUCAUUUUUGUUGCCAACCUUGGCAAAGGAGAACAGCCACAACAGCAGCUUUGAGCUUAUUGGUUCCAUGAUUCCCUCUUAUCAGCCAUGUAAUAAGCAAAUAGGACGUGGAGGCAACUUUCUCUCCGCUAUUGGAACUGCCCGCUCUCCUUCUCCAGGCUUCUUCAAAACAAGCUUCAUCAGUUCAGCUUCUAAGAGUUCAGGAAAGACAUCUGAACCAUCGCUACCCGUUGAGGAUUCCCAGGAUCUCUACAAUGUUACACCUGAGGAGAAGAGCCCAGUUCCAACCAGUGGGAGGUUUCCGUUUCAGUUCUCCCUAGAAGACGACACACAGAGUCAGCUGCUGGAUGCCGAUGGAUUUUUGAACGUUGGCCAUCACCGGAACAAGUAUCAGUCCUGCAAGAGCCGUCUGCCUUUGGCUAGCAUGGAUGAGAAUGCAAUGGAUGCCAAUAUGGGUGAACUGCUGGAUAUGUAUUCUGGACAGAACCAGCACUCUCCUAACCCAGACGGUGGCAAGAAGCCAGACAUGGAGGAGUUGCUCAAUCUUUGCUCUGGAAAAUUUCCAUCUCAGGGUUCUCCCUUUCAAGUGUCUUCAGCAACUUCUCAACUGAAAAAGAAGAGUAGUACUGAUGUCCCCGUGGCUGAGCCCCUCCCUCUUUUCUCUAACUCCUUUUCAACUGAGAGGGAGAUGGAAAAUGAAGAGGAAGAAGAGGAAUUUGGAGACUUCCAGCUUUUAACAGAUGAUCACGCCUUUGACAGUGAGGAAGAUGAAAACAGCAAGGAGGAGGAGGAGGAGGAAGACAGUGAUCAGGAAGAAGAAGGAGAUGAUGAGUUAGAAUUUGAUGAUGAAGAAGAAGAACUGAAGCAAAGAGAAGGAAGGAAGAAUAAAUUCAAUUUGCAAGAUUUCAUGGAAGAUGAGGCUGAGCUGUCAGGGAGCGAAGAGGGGAGCGAAGAUGAAUAUGAUGGUGAGGAACUCAAUGAAUAUGAGGAAGAAAUUCUUGAUGAGGUCCUCCCAGUGGAUGCGGAACUUCAUGAUCAAGUCAAUAAAAUACAUAUGAAGAUGAUGCUCGAUGAUGACAAACGGCAGUUGCGCUUGUAUCAGGAGAGGUACCUUGUUGAUGGAGACCUUCACAGUGAUGGCCCUGGGAGGAUGAGGAAGUUCCGAUGGAAGAACAUAGAUGAUGUUUCUCAGGGAGAUGUUUUUCACAAGGAUGCUGACAGUGGGGAUGAGAAUGAAAAUCACCUGGAAGAGACAGAGGCCAAAUGGAGGAAGGAGCGCUUUGAACGAGAGCAGUGGUUUCGGGAACAGUCCAAGAAAGGAGAAGAGGAGGAUGUUGACGAGGAUAGCCAGUUCAUGAAAUUGGCCAAAAAAGUCACCAAAAAGUCAUUACAAAAGAAAGCAAUCUCUGCAGUAGCUGUUCAGGAAAUUAAAUCACUACCCAGAAAUCCAUUUGAAACUUUCCAGCCUGGCAGCAAACCACAGCUGAAGAAUGGAUCCCUGCUGAACCAGCCUAAAGCAGUCUUGCAGAAAUUGGCAGCCAUGUCUGAUCUCAACCCAAAUGCCCCCAGGAACUCGCGGAAAUUUGUCUUCCAGACGGUGUCCCCAGUUAAGAGCGAGGAGAUGAGGGAGAAGGCCAAGCCUCAGGUCAAGAGAAGAACUCUGCUUCCCAUUGCUGCGCCUUCUCCUAAACGACUGCGACUUGACAGCAUGUCAGUUCAAGAAACCCGAAGUAUAUUCCAGUAUUUGGAGAGGUAAAAGUGCUGGUUUGUAUGGUCCUGUCCAGCCAUAUUUCGGACUCUGCAGAGCUGUAAAGAUGAUGCACAAGUCUGGAACUGUCCUGUGCUAGAUGGGCAAUGGCCACCUUGGCAUUGGAGAACAUAUGGCAUUAUUGUUCCACCAGAAUCCUCAGGUAUUAGUUGGGGAACAGGGAAAAAUGCUCUGUCUUUAUCUGUUGUUGCAGCUCUGGCUCUAGCACUAACUGAACCUGCAUUUUUCCAGUUCCAUCUUUUUUCUUUUGGACUUUACUCGACCUAAGUCACAUUCUAAGACAAUGCUUUAAUUUGGGGCCAAGUCUGAAGCAUGGUGACCCCCAUGUCUGGGUUUUAACAUUACUAGGGAGGCUGAGUGUAUAUAUGUAUAUAUAACUUUUUUCUCUCAGUAUUUUGGAAAGUUCCAGUGUAUUUUUAAUCAAGAUUUUAAUUUUUCUAAAGGCAAAUUCAUACUGUGGAACAAGAUAUAUUUGUAAUAUAUAUGUUGGGUUUUUUUGUUUUGGUUCCCUGUGCUUCAAUCUCAUGCUCAUGUUUUAAUUUUUUUAAAAAUAAACAAGAAUCUUGAAUUUAAGUCAAGAAAAAACCAAAGGGAGGGCAGCAUCUACUUUUUCAAUUAUGCCUCUCCCUUUAUGUAAUUUAAUAUGCACAUUUUAAAGCAUAUAAAAUGAAGGGGGGAAAAAGGAAGUCUGGAGGAAAAGUGUCUUGCUCACAACUAUGUUCUGUUUGACAUCUGGAGGAGAAAUGGCUUCUGGCCACUUUUUCCAGGUGUUUCUCCCAAGACAUUCCUCUGGCAGUAUCCUGCCUGGUUCUUAACAUACUGUAAGGUCAUUCCCCCAAAGUCUCCAGGCAGUGAUCCCGGGUUGCAAAUUGUUCUGAAAACGCUAAAUAAAUGCUAAAUAUUUGUACAUAUGCACACACAUAUACACAAGCAGGCCUUCAUAAUAAACAGAGUUGUUAAUCGUGGGAAAAAACAGAAGAGAUUAUGCCAGAAAUAAAGAUUUC